GACGUUUGUUUUGGAGGAAACCACACGCGGAGUCGCUGGUGCGAGCGACGCGUGGAGCAAACUCGAACAGAAUAAGGUCUUUCGGAAGCGAUCAAUGUAUAAGACCACUUGUGAUCAUGGCUGUGGGAAAAGUGAGCUGGUUUCUGCUAUCUGGUGCUUGUUUAGUUCUGGUGGUUGCGCUGUGGAUGAAUCGAAGCGAUGAGAAUCAAACUCAGCAUAGACUUCAGCUAAUUUUGCAAGGACUGCUCAAAACAGAAACCGAGCUGCAGGUGGAGCCCUCGUUGAAAAUAGCGGUAGGUUUCGGGGCCUGCCUGGACGUCAUCGUACCCUCAAGACAUGUUUUUAGAAACCUGAAAGCGCCGGAGCGACCGAGAAAUCAUGACGUCUUGAAUACGCACGAUGAAUUACUGGAAACUUUCACCUACUACUUUAAACAUGGAGCCGCCGCGGAGCGGUUUGUCGCUAAUGCCACACUGUUCCGUGAGGUUCUCCAACAAGCCAAGUCAAGUUCCGAGUGGCGUUCGACGCUCGGGGGCAACGCAGCUUUGUUGGCGACACGUUUCGCUCUUGAGGGAGCUCAAGUGCUACUCGGAAGUCAUAUGUCUGCUGAUCUCAAGGAAAGCUUACCAGAAGGGGUCACGGUCGCGGGCCCGGAAAUAGACGAGGAUGACUACCACAUGCUAUUGGAAUAUGCCGCCGGCGAAAAAUUCAUCCAAUAUAAAGCUCCCCGAGCCAACAGGUUCAUCAUACACAACGACCACGUGAACCCGCGAUUCCGUUCCAUAGAGGGCUUCGACGAUAAGAUGAAGAACUUCCAACCGUCUCUUUUCGUCCUCGGUGGGGUGCACGUCAUGGACAACUUCCCAUAUCGAGAAGGACAACUCGAUUCGUCCAUGAACCGAUUGCUGACAGUUCUGCAAGAAAUUCCGACGAGUACCGCGAUCCAUUUCGAAAUGGGCUCGUUCGUGGAUCAUGACCUUCUGAAACGGAUUGUCCGCCAAGUCCUCCCUUUAUCGCAGUCGCUCGGUAUGAACGAGCAAGAGCUCGCGAAUCUGAACUCGUUGUUGAAAUACGACAACAUCUCCUACGUGUCGGAUAGCUAUCCUCGGGUAGCCACGGUUCUCGAUCAGACGCGGGAACUGUUCCAGAGUCUCUACGAUUCAGCGCCGAACGGACGACCACUGUCGAGAAUACAUAUCCACACGCUAGCCUUCCAAGCGAUCCUCCGAGUCGUCCGAGAUCCUAAACAUUCCGUGUUCGAAUGGAUGAACACACGGGCUUCGGCGGCGAAAUCCGCUCUGACAGCGCAUCGUCACACUUGUGGCUCACACGACAUAGACAUCAACCGAGCGAAGAUCAUCAUGGACGAUUCCUUCACAACUACGAACGGCCCGAAUCGACAGCGGAUUCCUUUCGAUCCCGACGAACCUGUACGUUGCUGGAACGAAGUGCUCCAGGGAACGAAAGUCGAAGUCGAAUUCUGUGUGGCUCCCGUGCUAGUCUGUACUAAAGUUCUCCAGACAGGUGGCGGAGGCGACAACGUGAGCGCAGCCGGACUCGUCCUGCAAGUUUAGACGUGACUUGGAGUCGUUGAGUCGUGGGAUGUCUCGAAGAUAGGAUCUCUGACACCGAGACCGGCGCUCUGGUUACCUAGGAUUGAAUAAUGUGCGGAAGUCAUGACAAGACGUGACACUUUAUGGAAUGAAUUCCUUGCUGACGUCAGAGACCUUGAACCUUUUCCCACGGUCUCGUGAAAAUGUGGAGUGUUUGUAAAGUUUUCUUUUUGUUAUCGUAGUCGGUUUGGAGCUCGUGGCGGCUGCGUGUUGUUGCUGACGAUAUACUCUAACACAGCUGCUCGAGCUUGAGCGCACCUUUAUUCCAAGGAUUCUGUUAU